AUGUCUCGUUCAAGCUCUGGCAAGGUCAGCGACUCCUCCGGCGCCUCCUCCGGCAAUCUCAACCCGUCUGCUCAGCCCUUCGCCCCCACGCGUGCCGAUAGUUCUACUCCCUCUGACCACGGAGAUCUGGCCUACCACCAGGCCAGAGCCGUUGAAGCUGCAAACAUGGCGGCAGCUCAAGGUAUGCCUUAUCCUGGAUACGAUCCCACCCACCCUCUCCAGCCUCCUAUCACGCCGCACCCAUUCUUCUGUCCUUCCACUUACGGCGCGCUCCAUGCGGCUCAUGCAGGCCCAAUCCCUCCUUCUCAUCCCGGUUUCUUCUUCCGUCCUGACAGCAAUCUAGCCUCUCGGCCUCCCGGCUACGGCCCUGACGAUCACCAGUCUUCUUCAAUCGAUCCAGCAUUGGCUGCCUAUGCCAACCACAAUCCGUACACUCAAUACUUCCAACAUACCCCUGCGAAUUCCUCUGCUGCGCCAGGUUCGGCCGGUCUCUCGGCCGGUCCCUUCAACCCACACACCCCGCCCAACCGGCACAGCAGACCCGGUCAAGCUGACCCCACACCGCCAGCGCAUACGUUUUCUGAUGAUGGCGACUUUUACCCCGGUACUGACCCACGCUUGAAGAAUCACUAUCGCGCAGCGCACUCUCAGUGA